AUGCCGCUGCCUCGUUUCGCCCCCCUGCGCCUCCCCCUGCGGCGCCGCCUGCAGACCCUGGCCGUGCUGCAGUGGGUCUGCUCCUUCCUGCUGCUCGGACAACUGUGCACGGUUCUGUUCGUGCUGGCGCUGCGGGGCCCGCUCUGGUUGCCCGCGCUCCUUUACGGGCUCUGGCUGCUGGCGGACCGGGACACUCCCCGCCGCGGGGGGCGCCCUUGCGCCUGGGUGCGGGCCUGGCCCGUCUGGCGUCACUUCCGGGAUUAUUUCCCCGUCUCGCUGAUCCGCACGACGCCGCUGGACCCCGGCAGAAAUUACAUUUUCGGUUUCCACCCUCACGGCGUCCUGGCCGCGGGGGCAUUCGGGAAUUUCUGCACCGAGGCCACCGGGUUCGGGGAUUUGUCCCCGGGGCUGCGGCCGCACCUGCUCACCCUGCCCUGCUGGUUCCGCCUCCCGUUAUUCCGGGAAUACGCCAUGGCGGGAGGUUUGGUGUCCUCAGAACCCUCCAGCCUGGAGUAUUUGCUGUCCCAGCCCGGGGGGGGCGAGGUCGCCGUGAUCGCCCUGGGGGGACCCCCCGAGUCCCUGGAGGCGCAGCCGGGGGCGCUCAGGCUGCAGCUGCUCAACAGGACGGGAUUUGUCAGGAUUGCCCUCAAAUUUGGAACCCCCGUGGUUCCCGUGUUCAGCUUCGGGGAGAACGAGCUGUUCCUGCAGGUUCCCAACCCCCCGGGCUCGCGGCUGCGGCGCCUCCAGGGGCGGCUCCAGCGGAUCCUGGGGGUGGCUCUGCCCCUGUUCCACGCGCGGGGCGUUUUCCAGUACAGCUUCGGAUUGCUGCCUUUCAGGAGGCCAAUCAACACCGUGGUGGGGGCUCCCCUGGAGCUGCCUCAGAUCCCGAACCCCUCCCCGGAUCAGAUCCAGCUCUGGCACCGCCGCUACCGCGAGCGCCUGGAGGAGCUUUUUGAGCAGCACAAAUCGGAGUUUGGGGUCCCCCCCGAGAGCCACCUCAGCUUCGUGUGACCCCAAAAA